ACACUGCAUACGAUUCAAAGGUUCCUAUUACGUUUCAAAUCGAUAAGAAAAUAGAAAGGGAUCGAUUUUUGCCCGUCUAACUGAAAAACCAUUAUUGUCAAUAUCUUGCAGCAUGUGCUCGUGAGUGAUUCCUUCAUUUCAAUGAAAAGUGGUGAACUCAUAAAAGCAAUGAACCACCCCCUCCCCAUUGAGCAAGAUCCAAGAAAUGGAAUCCGAAGCUAUCUCACAACAUGUCUAAUCAUGGUUUUCUUUACAUGGUAUGCCCAUUUUUUGUGGAAAAGAAGAUAUCUGUACAUACAUUCCUGGAAAGUAGAGGGCCCUUUUUCAUUUCCAUUGAUCGGUUGUGGAUACCUAUUUCUGGGUAACGGAACAGACAUAAUAAAAACCCUUGUGAAGAUACAGCAGAAGGUAUCAUCAGGUCUGACAAGGAUAUGGUUAGGCCCCAAGCUGAUAUACCUCAUAUCGGAACCAAAACAUUUAGAAAUAAUAUUGAAUCAUCCGAAAGCUCUGGAAAAAGAAAAUGUUUACAAGUUUAUCGCGGAAGCUAUUGGGCAAGGCUUAUUGACAGCACCAGCGAAAAAAUGGAAACAACACAGGAAAGUUCUUGCUCCUUCUUUCAAUCAAAAAGUACUGGACUCUUUUGUUGAAAUUUUUGCAAAGCAUAGUAUAACAUUCGUUGAAAAACUGAAGGAUGUGGUUGGACAGAAAAAUAUUGAUCUCUACCCACUAGCGUCUCGAUGCACUUUGGGAAACAUAUGUCAAACUGCAAUGGGUGUUAAUAUCAAUGUUCAAAAAGAAGGAAGAGAAUUUGGAGUACUACUGGAGCGGGUCAUGGAAGUGAUAAAUCAUAGGAUCUUCAAAGUAUGGGCUCACUUGGAUUUCAUUUGGCACUUUUCCCCUUUGAAAGCGUCAUCAGAAAAAUACUUAAAAAAAUUGUAUGCCUUUUCUGGUUCUCUCGUUAGUAAAAAAUUAGCUGAACACAACAAAAAACUUGAAUUGGAGAAAUCGUUUUUGGAUGCAGAAAUCGAGGAAGAGCCUUAUAAGCGAUUAGCUUUCUUGGAUCUGAUUUUGAUGAACUCACAAUUCACAGAAACAGAGUUGGAUGAUGAGGUCAAGGUAUUUAUGGCUGCGGGAACUGAAACAACUGCAUCGUCCAUAUGUUGUUUAUUUACCCUUUUAGGAAUGCAUCCAAUUUCAGCAAGAGGUGACAUACGUACAACAAAUCAUGGAAUAGGACAAUUAUUGCUCAAUAGUACAACAUGGAGCAAUACUCAAAGAGUCUACGAAGAAGUUAUAGACAUUCUCGGUCAUGACCGAAUCGUAAUAGCGUCCGAUUUACCUAAAUUGAAGUACACCGAGAGGGUGAUAAAAGAAAACUUAAGAAUUUUUCCUAUAGCAGCUGUUUUCGCAAGAUCACUGGAAGAAGAUAUUGAUAUUGGAGAUGCUCUACUUCCAGCAGGAAGUUCAGCUGCGUUCAUCACUCUCUUCAUUCAUCGAAAUCCAAAAUACUGGAGAGAUCCCUUGAAGUUUGAUCCAGACAGGUUUCUACCGGAAGAAGUAGCGAAACGACACCCUUGUACCUACAUACCUUUUUCAUAUGGACCCAGGAAUUGUAUAGGUAGAGUAAAUUUUCAUUAUGAAAAACUCAUAUCCAUUUAUUUAUCAAAAUUGAAUAAUAAAUAUUUUAUCAUACAAAAGAUAUAUACAGAAUACAAAUCCGUGGAGGAAAUAGAAAUUAAUUUGUACUUACUCAUGAGAAUGAGGGAUGGCCCGAAAGUAUGGUUAGAAAACAGAUAAAUGUUUCAAAAUGUUAUAGUGAAAUAAAAUACGUACCCACGA